ACAUCUUGCCAAGAGCCGAUAAAUUAGCAUGCACUAUACCUAGCUAGCUCAAGGAGAGGGCAACAGCUACUGAAGCAGGCACUGUACCCACGACACAAUUUGAGCAAAAAGCCCUUUAAAGGGCAGCCUAGACUCCAAAGUCCAGAGAGCCAUAGCCCACCACUUAGACCCUGAAAGCAUCAAACCCUAUCAAAAAUUGACACCAAAAAGACAGGGAGAGGAGAUCUAUCCCAAGAAAUCCUAUGUCCCAAGAGCCACUUUGAUCGAUUGGCGAUAGAUAGAGAUCACUACUACUGCCACAAACGCCACACACGAUAUAGCUAUAGCCAUAUGCAUACUUGCAUGGAAGGAGGUGGCCAACUGGGGACUUGUCUUCCGAAUUUCUAUCUUUUGCCAGAUCACCACGGCAUGCCUCUUCCUCCUCCACUUCAACUACCGUGCCAUCCGAAGCUACUCCAGAUGCCAUUCGACCAAGAAGAUCAGCCCGGAAUCCAUGGCGUGAUGCUCUCUUCUGACCACUGCGGGCUGUACCCUCUGCCGGCGCUUCCGUUAAGCAACUCCGCCGCCGCCGCCGCCGCAACCGUCGCAUUGGGGAAGCACAGUGCAGCCGCCGGUUCCAUGCCCAAUAUUGGCGGCGCUGAGGAGGUGGCCACCACUGUAACCAAAGCUGGCAAUGAGAGUACUACUUGCAAUGGCUCCACUACAUGGUGGAGGGGCUCGACGAUGGCGGCGAUGGGGGAGAAGGGGAAGAUGAAGAUCAGGAGGAAGAUGAGGGAGCCGAGGUUCUGCUUCCAGACCAGAAGCGAAGUGGAUGUGCUGGAUGACGGGUACAAGUGGAGGAAGUACGGACAGAAGGUUGUCAAGAACAGUCUCCAUCCCAGGAGCUACUUCAGGUGCACGCACAGCAACUGCCGCGUGAAGAAGCGGGUGGAGCGGCUGUCGACGGACUGCCGCAUGGUGAUCACCACCUACGAGGGCCGCCACACGCACUCCCCCUGCGACGACAACUCCUCCGGCGAGCACACCAACUGCUUCAGCUCCUUCUGAAGAUUUUAGCACUUUGCAUUUUCGUCGUUGAUCCAUCCAUCAAUAUAUAUACCGUCGUAUACCUAUAUGUCCACCGUUUGAUCGAUUAACUGUGGCUAGCUCUAGCUCUCUUUCAUUUUGAUGGUUGAGAUAUAUAGGCGACGUAAUAUCGAGCCAUGCCUGCGCAAUGUACCAGUACUGCUAGCUAUACGUGAGAUGUAUUGCGUGCAUGCACGUACAAUUUACAAGCAGCAGUCAAUAAAUUAAGCUAUGUAUUUCUUCUAUAAA